GGUGCUGGCCGCGGUGGAGAACAAGGUGCCUGGCAAUUUCGGCCGCAUCAAGGAUGAGGUCCCGCGGGAGCGGCAGCGCCGGUGCCUGCGGAAGCGCGAGGGCGGGCCGCCCUCGCCUGGCAGGCGCCCCUAUCCUGCUCCCCCGGCGGCGCACGAAGCCGCUGUGGCAGCACGGCGCCGAGGGUUUUGCCCGGUGGGCAAAGCCCUCGAGACCGGCACCGGAGGCCUGUCCUGCCCUGGCCUCUGGUCUAUACCAUCGUGGGCGGGGUGCACUUCCACGUCCACGGCCUCGCGGGCCGGGCCCCCGGGCCGCGACCCCAGGGGUACGGGGCGUUUUUCGCGGGGCGCCCCGCGCGGAGCGGAGCCCUGCGGCGGCACCUCCACGGGAUCGUGCCCGGGGGUCCAGACCGCGAAGGCGUGGAUGUGGAUAUGUUCGCCGCUCGUGAUACCACGCCCUCUGUGCCGCGGGGCGGCCGUCGGAUAGGUCGUGCGCCACAUGGCGAACGAGGACGAGACCGGCUCCUGGGGCACGGACACCCUGCUGUUCGGCAACGACGAGCUGUCGUACGCACUCGGGAAGCAGGGCGCGACCAGGAAGAAGCUGGAGCGCUCCACUGGGUGCGUGGUGCAGUAUGUUGGGAACACGUCGGGGCCCGCGGAUCUGCUCCGGCACCUCGGAGGAGCGGGCACGGGCGCGGCAGUACAUCCGAUGGCUGUUCGAACAGCUCGAGGGGCCCGUGUACGUCCACCGCUGGCAGGAUCGCGACGACUGCACCGUCGUGGAUAUACCCACGGACUGCGUCGGCUACAUCACCGGGAACCGGCGCGCCACCCUGGGCGCGAUCGAGGACGAGUGGGGCUCGCUGAUGUUCUUCGUCAACAAGGCCGAGGACGAGGUCAGCGGCAAGGCGAGGACCGAGCGGCUGGCGAUCUUCGGGUCGAGGCGGGCCCGCCGGGGCUCGGAGCUGAAGGUGAUGAGCGGCGUGGAGACGAAGAUGCCCGGCUACUACACGCGAGACCUGACCACCAAGAAGUCCUACCGACCGGGCUUCGACACCGACCGAAUACUCUUCAAGGACGACGAGCUGAGCUACGCCCUGGGCAAGGAGGGGGCCACCAGGAAGAAGUUGGAGACGGCGGCUGGCGCCGUCCUGCAGUACGUCGGGCACGCGGCGUACAUCGCGGGGACCCGCGCGGAGCGGCAGCGCUGCAGGGACUACAUCGACUGGCUGCUCCUGCAGCGCAAGGGUGCCAUCACGGUCCGGGACGUGAAGGGCCGCGCGGACGUCACGGAGCUGAAGAUCCCCGACAACUGCAAGGGCUGGGUCGCCGGGGACCGCGGGCACGAGCUCCGGCGGAUGGAGAAGGAGACCGGCACGUUCAUGUUCAUGGCGACAGACGAGCGUGGCGAGGAGCGCCUCCUCAUC